CCACCGUCGUGGCACUUGAUACUGCCUGGGCAGUGAGAAGACCGGCGCAUAUGCCAUGGACUCCUGCCCUCCUGAUGACGUGUUCCAGCACAGAGUCGUUGUUGAUUGAUCCAAAGUGCUCAAUCAAAUCCAACUAUUGCACCACACGAUUUAGGACUGUGAGAGGUAUGAUCACAAUGUUGCGUCGCUCAUCGCUAAUGGGCUCAUUGAUGGUGCUAGAUAGUAGCCCUUCCAGUUUCUUGAUUGCGGCCCUACCGUUUAUAAGUCCGAGGAUAGAAUCCCCAAGCUAUCAUAUCAGCUCAUAGUGAGUCGAGGUCGCAAGCUGCUUCGAUUAGGGUUCUUGAAAGAGACGCUUGUCGGUGGAACUGUUUCUAUAGCUGUAAAACUUGAUCCUGAGUUGGCAGUAGUGUCAAAGAUUCAAAUGUAAUUAGAGAAGGUAACGUAUUCAUGUUGAUGAUUUAUAUUGCCCCUCUGU